GGAUGCGGUCGCUGUUCGGUGCUGCGCUCCUCCUCCUGCUGCUGCUGCUUCUGCUACCACAUCUCCCUCCUCUAACAUCUCCCGCCUCCUCCUACGCCUCGGUGUCCUCUACUUAAGAGCGGCACCCCCCCCCCCUCCACUCCCCCACUGGAGUUCCGUGCAGAGCGGAGCGCGGGUGGUGGUGGUGAGUCGGCGGGGCUGGUUCUCCUGCGAGAGGGGCGCGCGCGUGGCGUCGUCGUCGUCAUUGUGAGCCAGGGUCUGUCCACUGCUGGAUGAAGGCCUCUUUCUCGUGCUCCACCUCCUCCUCCUCCUCCCCACGCUCAUCGCGUCUCUCGCCGCGCUGCGAUGCCGCGUCCGUCACGUACGACUCACGACAAACGCCACGUUAUAAAGAAAUAAAAUAAUAUCGUCGUCGUCGUCAUCAUCAUCAUCGUUGUUAUCACGCGGUAGCAAUCACCAAUCGAGACCACCACCGCCACCACCACCACCGCACUUGCACAACUACGAUAGCACGCUCCGCGUACCACGACUCACACUACUACUACCAGCACCACACGCACGCGCGCAGUACGACACCACCAACACCACCACCACCAACACCACCACCACCAACACCACCACCACAACCAACACCACCAACACCACGACCGUGCAGCAACAUCGUAUCGCGAUCACACCCCGUGACUGCCCGCGCUCGGCCGCAUGCGGCCGGUGCCUCUCGCCGGCAGGGGCAGCGCCAUGCCCCGCUGCCCCUCGGCUGCCCGGGGCCACCCUCGCCACCAGCUGGUCCCCGGCGCCCCCACAGGGCAGCAUGGAGGCUCCUAGCGCCGCUCUGCCGCACGUCAAGAUUCGCCGGACGCUGCUCGCCUGCGCCUCCAGCAUGCUGCUCCUGCUGCUGCCCGCCUACCUGUUCUACUGCCUCGCCUGCUGCUGCUGCUGCCCCCCGCCGCCGCCCCCCCUGCAGCCCGGAGGAGCGCUCCCGGAGGGGGGAGACACCGGGGAGGAGCGCUACGAUCGCACUCAGCUGCGCCGACACGAACGCCGAGAUCAGCAGCAGCAGCAGCAGACGACGGGGGAUGCAUCUCAGCUGCUGCUGUUGCAGCAUCAGCAGAAUCAGCAGCAGCAGCGGCAUCGGCAGCUCAUUGAAGACCCUAACACGAGGUGGGGCGUGCGGGAAUCCGCAGGCUCGGCGGGCAAUGACGAUGAUGAUGGUGGCGGUGGUGAUGGAGGAGGAGGUGGCGGUGGCGGUGUUGUUGCUGAAGAGGUGUUAUUGGACGAAGAGAUGGAGGACAGGAAGAAUAGGAAGAGGAACAUCGCCAGCAACAACAUCAACAAAGAGGAGGUGGAAGCGAUGGGCGCCGCUACGCGCCCUGCACCGGCUCCGGCACCCAGCCUCAUCAACGGCAGCAGCAGCGGCAGCGGCAGCAGCUUCAGUAGCUUCGGGACGAAGAAGCUCCCUGACGCCAUCAUCAUCGGCGUGAAGAAGGGGGGCACGCGCGCCCUGCUCGAGUUCAUCCGCGUGCACCCCGACGUCCGCGCCGUGGGCGCCGAGCCGCACUUCUUCGAUCGCAACUACGACCGGGGACUCGAGUGGUACCGGAGCCUGAUGCCGCGCACGCUGGAGGGCCAGAUCACGAUGGAGAAGACCCCCAGCUACUACGUGACGGCCGAGGCGCCGGAGCUCAUCCGCGCCAUGUCGCCCCACACGCGGCUCAUCGUGGUGGUGCGCGACCCCGUGACGCGCGCCAUCUCCGACUACACGCAGACGCUCACCAAGUCGCCGCGCCUGCCCAGCUUCGCGAGUCUCGCCUUCCACAACCGCUCGGCGGUCGGCGGCGGCGGCGGCGUCGAUUCGUCGUGGAGCGCCGUGCGCAUCGGCCUCUACGCGAAGCACCUCGAGGCGUGGCGGAGACACUUCCCGCUCGAGCAGAUGCUCUUCGUGAGCGGCGAGCGGCUCGUGCUCGACCCGGCGGGCGAGCUGGCGCGCGUGCAGGACUUCCUGGGGCUCAAGCGCAUCAUCUCGGACAAGCACUUCUACUUCAACCAGACCAAAGGCUUCCCCUGCCUCAAGAAACCCGAGGGCAGCAGCCUCCCGCACUGCCUGGGCAAGAGCAAAGGUCGCAGGCACCCGGUCAUCCAGCCGGCAGUCGUGCGCAGUUUGCGCGAGUUUUACCGCCCCUUCAACUCCAAGUUCUACCAGAUGGUGGGACACGACUUCGGGUGGGACUGACUCGAG